UCCUCGCACAGAACUAUAGAAGAAAAGAAGUGAGAGAGAGUGAGGGAGGAAGAUGACGACUCGAAUAGCACCGGGUGUUGGAGCGAAUUUGCUCGGACAACACUCUGCAGAGAGGAACCAAGAUGCUACUGCUUAUGUUGGUAAUCUCGAUCCUCAGGUGAGUGAAGAGCUAUUGUGGGAGUUGUUUGUUCAAGCUGGCCCUGUUGUUAAUGUUUAUGUUCCUAAAGAUAGAGUCACAAAUUUACAUCAAGGAUAUGGGUUCGUAGAGUUUCGCAGUGAAGAAGAUGCUGACUAUGCAAUCAAGACUCUGAACAUGAUUAAACUUCAUGGAAAACCAAUACGUGUGAAUAAGGCCUCCCAAGAUAAGAAGAGCUUGGAUGUUGGAGCAAAUCUGUUCGUUGGAAAUCUCGACACUGAUGUUGAUGAGAAACUUUUAUAUGAUACUUUCAGUGCAUUUGGAGCCAUUGUCAGCAAUCCUAAGAUAAUGAGAGAUCCCGAGACAGGCAAUUCUCGUGGUUUUGGUUUUAUUAGCUAUGAUUCUUUUGACACAUCUGAUGCGGCUAUUGAGGCAAUGAAUGGUCAAUAUCUGUGUAACCGUCAGAUAACGGUUUCCUAUGCAUAUAAGAAAGAUACCAAAGGGGAGCGUCACGGCACACCAGCAGAGAGAGUCUUAGCUGCAAGCAAUCCAGGUACAACGAAGAAUAGGCCCCACACUAUGUUUGCGAGUGGACCACCUACACUGCUUAAUGGACCUGCUCAAGGAAAUAAUGGUCCAAUGGGUGCACCAAUGCCUCCUCGGCCCUUCAUGAAUGGCGGUAUUCCUCAUGGGCAACUUCCACCACCCCUUCGUCCUCCACCAAUGCCACCAAGUGGGUCCUUCCCACCUCCCAUGCAACUUGGAGGUCCACCUCCAUCUUGGCCAGGUCAUCAGCAACAACAACAGCAACAGCACGGCCAAAUGAUGGUACCAUCUGGUAUGCCGCCACCUCAACAUCAGCAGCAGUUUAGACCUCCACCUAAUAUGUUACCACCUCCACCACAGCAGGGUGGAUAUAUGUCAAGGCCUCCUCCACCACCUAUGGGAAUGGGUGCACCACAGCCUGUUUGGCGAGCACCACCACCACCUCAGCAACUUGUUCAAAGACCCCCUCCUCCGCCUCAGAUGUUGAUGCCACCUCCACCACCAAAUUCACUACCUCCUCCACCUCCUUCAUCGGGUUAAAUUGGUCUAUCAAUUUUCAGAACAUUGUAAUUUUAAGAAAUUAUUUCAAGUCUAUGUAUGAUGAUUUUGAAACCAAAGGAACUUCCCUCUGUGUUUGUAGUAUUUAGUUAUUUAGUUGUGAUAUAGAUAGACACAUCAAUGUACGGAAAGCUCUUGUUAACAAAAUGAGGAAAGUUAGAUCAGCUUUUAAAGAAUCAUUCA